AUGCCGCCGCCUUCUGGUUUUUCCUCUCCUCAAGGCUCAGAUGCAGUGCUCUUCAACACGCAAUCUUCAGCUCCUCCUAAAAUGAGAAGCUAUUCUGGUAACGAUUACAUGUACGCGUCGUCUGAUUCAGGAGGCAUGGUUAACAACCAAAGAUCAAAUUUUUCGUACGAAGAACUAGCUCAAGUCACUGGCAAUUUCUCCGAAAAGAAUCUUCUCGGCGAAGGAGGAUUCGGCUGCGUGUACAAAGGCGUUCUUGCAGACGGAAGGGAAGUAGCGGUUAAACAGUUGAAGAUCGGUGGGAGUCAAGGCGAAAGAGAGUUCAAAGCUGAAGUUGAGAUCAUUUCUCGUGUUCAUCACCGUCAUUUGGUUACAUUAGUCGGUUAUUGCAUCGUAGAGCAACAUAGGUUGCUUGUAUAUGAUUAUGUACCUAACAACACUCUCCAUUUCCAUCUCCAUGCUCCAGGAAGACCGGUUAUGACUUGGGCAACUCGGGUUAAGGUCGCUGCUGGUGCAGCUCGUGGAAUCGCCUACUUACAUGAAGACUGUCAUCCUCGGAUUAUUCACCGUGACAUUAAAUCUUCCAAUAUACUUCUAGAUAACAGCUUUGAAGCCUUGGUUGCAGAUUUCGGGCUAGCGAAGAUAGCACAGGAGCUGGAUUUACACACACACGUCUCAACACGCGUAAUGGGAACAUUCGGGUACAUGGCUCCUGAGUAUGCAACAAGUGGAAAGCUUUCUGAGAAAGCUGAUGUUUACUCGUAUGGAGUCAUACUCUUGGAGCUAAUAACUGGCCGGAAACCUGUUGACACGUCUCAGCCACUAGGCGACGAAAGCCUUGUCGAAUGGGCAAGGCCCUUGUUGAAUCAAGCGAUUGAGAACGAAGAAUUCGAGGAGCUGGUGGAUCCGAGGCUAGAGAAGAACUUCGUUCCCGGAGAGAUGUUUCGAAUGGUGGAAGCUGCGGCCGCAUGCGUUCGUCACUCAGCUGCGAAGAGGCCAAAGAUGAGCCAAGUGGUGAGAGCAUUGGACACGCUUGAAGAAGCUACGGAUAUAACAAACGGGAUGAGACCAGGACAGAGCCAAGUGUUCGACUCGAGACAGCAAUCUGCACAGAUUAGGAUGUUUCAGAGGAUGGCGUUUGGGAGUCAAGAUUAUAGCUCUGACUUUUUUGAUCGAUCACAGUCACAUAGUAGCUGGGGAAGUCGUGAUCAGUCCAGAUUUGUACCUUAA